UUCAGCUUGCUUUGGGAAUAACGACUAACCUGUUUGGUGCGACAAGCUUGUAUACAGCUGUUUCACAUCGACCGACCGCCAUUGCGGGUUCAAUAAUUACACAUGAAGCAGGCACAAGGUGCACAGACGCCACAUUGCAUGGAGACAGUUGAUCCCACUGGUGUCAGGGCUCGGAUGGAUGUGGUUUAGUGCCUGUACCAUACACUUUGGAAUGUAACUGUUCCCCCCCCAUGAUAUAACUACACUACAAGAUGGAGGCAUCUGGAGCAAUGCUGAUACUCUUACAAGCCCUACUUAUAUUCAUAUUAUCAGUGCACUGUCAAAACAGCUGUGACUGGGGCAAGUACGGAGACAACUGCAACAAAGACUGUCCAUCCACCUGCCUUACCAACCCUGUACGAAAGCUGAAACACUGCCAGAAGGAGACAGGGAGGUGUUCUGAAGGCUGUGUUCCUGGCUGGUUUGACGAUCUCUGUGACAAGGCCUGUGGCAAGAACUGCUUGAGAAACAUCUGUAAUCGUCAAAAUGCCAUCUGCACGCAUGGAUGUACUGGAAACUACACAGGGGAGCUUUGCAACAUUAGAAAAGCAGUAACAGUUGUUCCCGAGACACCGACGAAAGCACCUUCUGACUCGAACUCAACACAACCGACGAACGCAUCUUCUGACUCGAACUCAACACAACCGACGAAAGCAUCUUCUGACUCGAACUCAGCACAACCGACGAAUCUUGCUGCGAUCCUUGCCCCAGUGUUCAUCGUCAUCAUCAUCGUCACUAUCAUCAUUGCUGUGGUGAUGUUCAGACUAAGGAAGUGCAAAGCGAUAAGAACACCUAGAGGUCAGCCGGAUAAACGUGCACGUUCUGAUGAAAACACUUCUUUAAUGGAGAAGCCGCCUGCACCAGCUCAGAACACUUCGUCUCAGGAUGAGGAAAUACAAGGCACUCUUACACUACAGACAGAUUUGCCAUACGAGCUGAUGAGGGAUAUCACUGACAUCUUCGUUGAAACCGACAGUUUCAAAAAGGUGAAAGAAAAACUGGAAAAGUUUGGCCACGUGACAAUAAGCGGUGGUCCAGGAGCAGGUAAAACACCCGUGGCCCUGAUGCUUGGAGCUGAAUUCAGGAAACGGCGGUAUGAAGUGGUACUGGUUGAGGACGUUGGUACUUUCCAGUUGUCUGAGUGUCUGUGUAAGAGCAAAGACGUAUGUGUCAUAUUCGAUGACGUAUUUCAAAACGCUGGGCCAUCUAUAGACGUACAUCGCCUGACACAAGUUCUCUAUGAGCUCCAUGGACAUUGUGAACCGUGGACAAGCAAAUUGGAAAGAGGAUAUCACAAUCUGCAGCAGACGCCAGGAACCGAACAUAGAAGCAACGACCAUCCAAACCUGUAUUUCAUAUUCACCACAGAUACCAAAAAGUUUCAAUGUGCAAUGUCAAAAUUUAAAGACCCUAUAUUUUUCCAAUACUGGUCUAUCGUUGACGUGACCAAACUGAAAGAUGAAGAGAAAAAAGCAAUAUGGAUGAAACACAAAAGCCAUUUCAAAUGUCAAACAAAUGUCGACGUGAAAAUGAUUAUUGAGUACAAAGAUAUAAUUGGUUUUCCAUUGACAUGCAAACUUUUCUCUAGUCACAUGCCCUUUCAAAAACUCAAAGAAUCGUUUUUUGAGAUGCCUGUUUACCAUCUUAAACGUGAACUGGAUAUGAUCGUUAAUCAGCUGGAUGACACGUCAUUGAAACUCCUGUUGACAUCACUAUGUUGCAGCGAACAGAAACUCAAACACAGAAAAUCAGAACUCCACACUAAAUGUGACAACAAAGUACAAAACACGCACCUAAGGGAUGUUUUAGCUCUUGUCUCAUGUUCCCAUCCUCUAAUACAGGACAUGUGUAUGUCUGCCAUAUUGGAUACUAAACCAGAGCUGUUCCUCCAUAACUGUAGUUUAGCGUUCAUCUGUGACCAUGUACGUGAUCAGCAGCAUGACACCGCUCCAGCAGAACAGACUGUCAUUUAUUUCCCAGGUGCUCAUAGUGACGUCAUCACCGCCAGGCUGGCUGAAGCUGUUGCUGAUGGCACGUUCAGUAACUACAUCAUGCAUCCCAUCUGGAAAAGGGGGGAAGUUGCAGACAAAGUGCAACAAAUGCUUGGACAUGAAGGCACUAUGUCACGUGAUACUAAGCACAGUAUUCUCCAUUAUUCCUGUUUCCUGGGGAACAAUGACGCAAUAAAACGACUCCUCCCCAACUGUGACAUCAACAGACGUGCUGUGAAUGGUUGGACGCCAGCUAUGUUCGCGGUUGCUGGUGGACAGAUGGACAGUUUGGAUCUCCUUGUGAAGCAUAAAGCUGAUAUCACAUAA